CUCUAGACUUUAAUCAUAAGAGGUGUGUAUGCAGCAGCUAUAGCCAAAGGCUUUCACAUCUUCAUUUCCUCUUCAAUAAAAAACGCACCAUAUUCAUCGAAUUUGUUCUUCAAUUUCUUUGUAUUCUUCUCAGUUUCUUCUCUCAUCACAGAAAUAAUGGAAAGAAUGUUCCCUCCAAAGAAGCCUUCUACUAUGAAUUCCCAUGACAGACCCAUGUGUGUUCAAGGAGACUCAGGCCUUGUCCUCACCACAGACCCUAAACCUCGUCUUCGUUGGACUGUUGAACUCCAUGAACGCUUUGUUGAUGCUGUUGCUCAGCUUGGAGGACCUGACAAGGCCACUCCUAAGACAAUCAUGAGGGUUAUGGGUGUGAAGGGUCUCACUCUUUAUCAUCUCAAGAGUCACCUUCAGAAAUUCAGACUUGGAAAACAGCCCCACAAGGAUUUCAAUGAACACUCUAUUAAGGAAGGCAUGAGAGCUUCUGCUUUAGAACUUCAACGAAAUAUUGGCUCCUCUUCCGCCAUGAUUGGUCGCAACAUGAACGAGAUGCAAAUGGAAGUGCAAAGAAGACUGCAUGAACAACUAGAGGUUCAGAAAAACCUUCAACUGAGGAUUGAGGCACAGGGAAAAUACAUGCAAAGCAUAUUGGAGAAGGCUUAUCACACACUUGCAGGUGAAAACAUGGGCACAGGCAUGAAGGGUAUGGGAGGAGGUCAAGGAAGCAGCAGUGACAUGGGUGUGAUGAAGGAGUUCUGUUCUCUGAAUUACCCUUCUUUUCAAGAUCUGAACUUGUAUGGUGGUGGUGGUGGUGAAAACCUUGAAGGGUUCAUGGCAUCAAACACUGAGAGUGUUUUUGAGGGAAAGAAGAGGAUUUGCAGCUACAGUGGAAGUGGGAAGAGUCCAUUGAUUUGGAGUGAUGAUCUGAGGCUUCAAGAUUUGGGAACAACUUCAUCAUGCAUCAGCCCUGAAGAGGAGGACCCUUUCAAAGGGGAUCACAAUAAGGUUCAGAUUUCAGCACCAUCAAUGGAUAGUGACCCCAUGUCAGAGAUCUAUGACACAAAGCCAUUGAUGGUGCAUGGAGAGAGUGUAGGUAACAAUAGUCACAAGAAAUUUGAAGGUUCUAUGAAGCUAGAAAAGCCAUCACCACAAAGAUCACCACUUCAACCAGAAAGGAAUAACAGUCCUAUGAUCAAUGCUACUUCCAUGGCACAAGGGUUUUGAAUUGGUUGUUAGAGAUGAGAAGUUGAUAAGAAGGUUACUUCCCCCACAGAGCUAUAUUGUUUAUAUAAAGCCUUUGCAUGGCUAAUCAAAGUCUCAUUCUAAUCUAUCAUAUAUGUACUUUAACAA